CUUUCUUCGAACAGAAGUUAUUAGAUUUACGAUCUCAGUGGCCAAUAGUUGAAAGAUUUCCCGUCUCUUUUUUCCACUGACAACUUUUACAUUGGUGAAUUAAUAACUGAAAGUAUCCUGACUGUGAGCUGAUUAUUAGCGUAAAUCCCGGACUAAUACGAGUGUUCGGUGGAAUUUCAAACUUUAUUACUAAUCAUGGAUAACUUUGGUGACAACUUUGAGGACGGAGACGUCGAUCCCGCCGCAGAAUUUUUGGCUCGUGAACAAACUCAACUAGCUGGGUUAGAAGACGAUCUCAACACGACCAAUGUACCGAUAGGUGUUACACAAACAUUGUCAAAUGGUUCUGGAAGCAGCUUUGAAAUAAUUGAUAGUGCAGAAAAUCAAUUAACAAAUUCUGCAAAUGAAAAUGGAUUAACUAAUGGUUUUACAGCUGCACAUAGUGAUGAUGUAAAAUUGGUAUCACCUAAAAAACUCAAUACAUCAUCACCAAUAAUUACACCUAAAGUUGAACGAGAAGAACCUGAGAAAAUUAAAAAAUGGCGAGAACAGCAAAAAACUCGAUUAGAAGAAAAAGAUGCUGACGAAGAAAAAAAAAAAGAAGAAUUACGGCAGGUAGCUAAAAAAGAAUUGGAAGAAUGGUACAAGAUUCACAAAGAACAAAUUGCUAAAACUAAGGAUGUUAAUCGAGAAGCUGCAAUCAAUGCAGAAAAACAGUUUGUUGCUGAAUCUGAUGAAAUUGAACCAGGAACUGAAUGGGACCGUAUUUCAAAACUUUGUGAUUUUAAUCCAAAAUCCAAUCGUGCUAGUAAGGAUGUUACACGCAUGAGGUCUAUCAUCCUUCAAUUAAAACAAACUCCACUAAAAAAACCUGUAUUGUCUUCAAAAUAGUUCUUAUUUAUGAUUUCCUUUCCGUUUUUCCUAAAUGGUAAAUUAUUUAUUAAUUUGUAAUAUUUACAUUAAAUUUUAUGUUCAUGUUUGUAAUACACAUUAUUCCAUUGAGA